AUGUCGAGCGACAAGUUUGAAAUCGUAAUCCCCGGUCCCGAAGAGGACGCUGUUAUCAACGCCGCUAUCGCUGACGACCCCGAUACAUUCGAGCUGAGCGACGAAUGGUUCACUGGCGCCAAACUGUCCCACGAAGCCGUGCCCCACGUCCUGGAGCAAUAUCGGCGAAGCAGAGGCAAGCAGAAGGAACCCGCCAAAACCGCAAUCCACAUCAGGCUGGACGCCGACGUUGUCACCUGGUUCAAGAACCACGCUCCCGGACAACGCGGCUACCAGACCCGCAUCAACCAGGCGCUCCGGGAAUACAUUGCGCGGCAGAACAAUAGGACAGGCCAAUAG